ACAUCACGUAUAAACAGAAGGAAGUUUAAAUCAUGCUCUUUUCAUUUUCACAUUUGUCCUCAGUCUAUUCAGCUAUUAAUCUGACACUGCUGUUAAAGAAACUGGCAGCCAGUCAUUCUUGAUUAACACCAGAAGCCUGAAGGACAGUGAAGAAAUUGGAAAUAUUGGCUUAAUCUGAAGAAAUAAUGAUUUGAUCUUCAAGCUGAGCCUUCAACAUAGAGCACAGAGACCUGCCCACUCGUUAAUGGCCGCCCUUCGCCCCAGAGGCUGCUGCAGUGCCAGCAUUUGUAAGUGGCAAACGGAAGCACUCAUUUGUCCCUCUCGGGAACAGUCCAAUAGAGCCAGAGAGAUGAAAGAGAGGAAGAGCAAAGGAGGAGCCAUAACCUAUGCAGACCCAGAUAUGCAAUCAGAACUGAGACUCAUCCUUGUUGGUAAAAGUGGAACUGGGAAAAGUGCGACAGGAAACUCCAUCCUUGGGGAAAGAAAGUUUGAGUCCAAACUCGGGGCAAAGUCAGUAACUUUGACUUGUGAAAAGGGGCAAAGGAGCUGGAAUGGGAGGGAGCUUGUGGUUAUUGACACACCUGCCAUUUUUGACAGAAAGGUUUGUGAUACAAUAACCUCAAGAGAGAUUGGUCGCUGUAUUGCACUCUCUGCCCCUGGCCCCCACGCUCUGCUGCUGGUGACCCAGCUGGGCCGUUACACUGAGGAAGACAAGGACGCAGUGAAGCGAAUAAAGAAGAUUUUUGGAGUUGAAGCCGUGAGGCACAUGAUUGUCCUGUUCACCCGGAAAGAAGAUUUAGGGGUUGACUCAGUGCAUGACUAUGUGAGAAACUCAGAUAACAAAGAUCUUAAGGGGCUGAUUCAGAAGUGUGGGGACCGAUAUUGUGCUUUCAAUAACAAAGCAACUGGAGCAGAACAGGCUGAACAGGUUUCUGAGCUGACUGAAGUGAUCCAGGGAAUGGUUCAGGAGAAUGGGGGCAGGUAUAUCAGUGAGAUCUAUUUAACUGAACAAAACAGGAGACACCUGAUGGGAAUAAAUAAAACAGCUGCAGUGAAGACUGUGAAAGCAGAUGGUCCAAAGUAUAAUGACAUUAUUUUGGGCUUCGGGGUUGCUGCAGUUUGUAUUGUUGUUGUUGUAUUUCUCCUGUUUUAUCUCCCUCAUUAACAGCCAUUAAUAAAGUUUCAUUGUAACCUAACCCAACUGCUUCCCAAAGCUUCUCAGCUUCUCCGGCACCUCACUCUUAUGCUAGUGCAGCACGUUCACACAAAAUACAAGUAAUAAUGUUAAUAUUUCUUCCUUAUUAACAUUACGUAUUAUAAUAAUAUCGAGUUCUUAUAUAGAGAUUUUCAUAAGUAGAUCUCAAAGUGCUUUACAAAGGAGGCUGGUAUCAUUCUCCCCAUUUUAUAGAUGGGGAAACUAAGGCUCAGAGAGGUGACGUGAUUUGCUCAUAGUCACUCCGCAAGCAAGUGGCAGAACUGGGAAUAGUCCAGUGGUCCAGCCAUGAGGCCUCAAUAUUAGGUUGCUUUAAAGAUUCUGGACCAAACUCUGCCCUCACUUACCCUGCAUUUGCAGUAGUUUGAUUCCAUUAAUUUCAGUGAAGUAAUCUGGAUUAUGGCCAUGUAACUGCUCCCAGGUACUCUGGAGUUGCAGUGGGGUAGCUCUAUUAAUUUCAGUGGAGUAUUGUGAAUUUACAGUUAUGCAACAGACUACAAUGUAGCCCUCUGAACAGAGGUGUCAAAUAACUUCAGUUGUUAUGUAAAUUUACAGUAGUUCAAACUCUGAGACAUUGAGCACUGUAAAGUUUCCACUAAAAAUUAAAUCUCAAACAUUUAGAGGCCAAACUUAGACCUGUGAGUAGAUGAAACUCCAUUGGCUUCAGUUACACAAGGAAUUAAUGUGGCCCAUGAAGUGUACCCUCAUUUGAUAUUUUGAAAGCAAAGAGUAUAAAAUCACCAGAGACAUGCGUAUGAAAUAUGGUAAUAUAUGGAAUUGUUACUUUAAAAAAAUAAUCUUCAGUUUCUUUCUCAAUUAGAACUGCUGCCAAAUACAAUGGCAAUUUCCCCAGAAUAUAGAGAUCAGCAUUUGUCCAGUAUCUUGUGUGAACAAAUCAUGAGAACACCAAAAACUUUUCUGCAGCUGAAAUCCGUGUAAUAGAACAUCUGGCAGUGCUGAUUCAGGGAAUGCAAUUCAUUUUUGUGGAGAUUUCUGUUUCCAGGCUCUGACCUCAGUGAUUUUUCAGGACUGUGGGUUAUGUAAAUUUGCAAACAAAAGGUGUCACUCUGGUUUUGAUGCACAGUUCUGCUUCUUUAAGUGUAAACGGGUCUCCAUAGCCUGCCUGCAAGGGCCGUGCUGUGAGGCAGUUCAAGAUGGAGGAUAUUCCAGAGACUGAAGCUGGGCUGUUACUCACAUCGAAACUUUAUAUUUGUUCUGAUUUUUUGCUGUUUUUUCUUACUCGGAAAUAAAGUUGUAGAGAUUGAA